CCCAACCUUCCUCGCGCAAAAGUGCAAAACGAGCUUUCUGGCUCUGCACUGCUCUACUGUUUGCCUGAAAUGUGACAAGAUGCCGUCGAUGCUUAGGCCCCGGGUCAGUGCCUCGGCCCUCUACCGCCCUAUCCGGUCAUCGCCAUCCAGAAACCACCGAGAGCGAGGUUUCCACAGAGACCAUGACGGCUGGUUCCGCCACCUUUAUAAUACUCGCACAUGCUCCUCUCCACGCUUUUGGAGGGGCCAGCACUCCGCAGAAGAAGAACAUCGUCCGCUUGGUAUAUCGUACAUAGACUGGAUGUUGCUGCAACACAGCCGCUUGUGGAGGCGGUACUUGUCCGCAAGCUCAUACAAAGCCUUCUUCGGGCCUUGCAACGAGCGAUUGCGAGCGAGUGGUGUGAGGCAGAGUGGAAGGGCGUGGGAAUGGAAUGGGCCGGCUGUGGCGAGGUGGGUGCGUGAGGCACAGAAGAGAGGAUUCUCGGAGGAUGCUGAGACCCCAACGCGGGUGGGCUUCGGAGACUAUGCUGAACCUGCACCUAAAGAGUCGCCCGGGACGGAGUAUCCGAAGAAAAUCGAACUGACCGACGAGGACGAGCUCACCAUAGGACCGCGCUACGAAGCCUGGGAGCGCGACAACAUUGCUUUUACCGCGCCGUAUAAGUCUUGGCCAUAUAAGACCCUAGGUCCGGAAAGGACUGAGUGCAAGCCGAAAUCCGGAGCGCCGUCUAGGGUCACACCGGCGACGGACCAAGCCUCGUCCACCGCACCUCCUGUGUCCAUCUGCGAUCAGGUCGAUGAUAAGCCUAAGAACGAUGGACUCAACAAGCAACAGAGCACUCCCGAGGACAAGCGGCAUGAUGAUCUGAUACGGCAUGUGCAAGACGAGCACCCAGAGUACUUUGAAGGCCCCGUCGAGCAACUCAGUACUGAGCAGGACAAGAUGGAAUAUAAUACUCUUGCCGGGAUGCAGGAGAAGAUGAACAAACCUUACAACCCUUCUUGCGAUGAAUUUACUUCUAGCAGCGGGGAGAAAGACGCCGACCAGCUGAACGGCCGGGAAUGUAAUAGAGAUGAAGAUCUCGAUCUGCUUAGCGCCGAGGAAAUCCGGUCCAACAUGCGAAGAAGAAUGGCUGCCUCCGAGAGACUUUGCCCAGAGAUGUCUGAAUGCGAAAGCACUAAAGAUGCGGCACAGGAAGCGGCCGCUCCCACCAAAGCCGUUGAACCUUCUCAAGAGGUGGAAGAAAUCCAGCUUGAGCAGAGUCAUGAGACUGUUACCUCGGGUCAAACCACUUCGACUACUGAGGAAGUCACUUCUACAUCUCCCUCCAACCCAGCCCCACCUUCCGAAAACGCUGAGGAACGAUCUUCCGAACCCGAACGCUCGCUAGGAUUCAUGCCUCGGACCUCUGACGUCAACUCCGGGAACAUUGAUUCGAAUAUUGCAAAGACGACCUACCGAACCUUCAUAUACGAACCCUCACGCGACAGCAUCACCGAGAUUGUCACUGAGAGCCCCUGGACGUCCAAUCCCGCUAUUCCUCUUCACGCCGCGUUCUCCCGUCUAAACAACCCCGCCAGGUUCCUACAACAUAUUUCCGGAUUUCUCGAGCCCAGGGACGAGAUCAUAAGUGCACAAGGCAAUAUACUCGUAAUUCGAGAGCGGUCCAGCGAUUCUCGAGCCGUAGAGAGGAUCACAGCCAUAUCGGACCAUCAGCUCCCUCGUUUUAACGAUGGCAGCGACGCUUCGGGCUCGGAAAAAGCCCCCGCCACCGCAACCGUCGAGCGAGCAGUGGAUUCAGAGGCGGUGGACUCGACUUCCGAGGGUCCGCGAUAUGCGAUCAAUCCCGUUGACGGCACGAUGGCGGUAAGCCUCAGUCCUACAGGGUACGCGGGGGUGGACCCGACGGUGGAGGCGGCGAACGAUCCGUAUGCGGAUGAAGAUGGGUCGCUUAGGAGGGCAUAUUGGGAUAAGGCGAGGGAGGAGCAGAAUUUGAAGGAGGGGAGGGAGACAGAGAAGUCCGGGCAGCGGCGGCGGGAGCGAGGGAGGGAGUGGUGGACAACGGAGGGUGAGGAGGGAGAGAAGAGAACGAAGGGCAGGGGAAGAACGGCGGGUGUCGUGAAAACUGUGGUGUGGGCGGGGACGAUAUGUUAUGUUGCUGGUGUGGUGGCGGAGUUGUUGAGGUAAGUUUGGUUCUUGGGCUGAAGGUGUGGAGUUUUUGGUGGGCUAUUGAUUUUUCGGCUGUAUUUUUGGGAGUACGACUUCGGAGUAUUCUGUCCAGGUGUUAGGUUUCGGCAUAUUUGGGACUGUUGACGAUUGAAAUGAUGGAUGCAGAGUUCCCUGGAGGACACUCGUUACGACAUAGUUGACCAUUCCGCUUCACGUAAUUACUUAAUAGACACUCCCUCUUACGUUC